GGAGGAAGGGAGCGCACCGUGGGGGCUCAAUAUGACAAGGGUUUGACAGCAGCGUUUUGAAACAAGCCCAGGCAGCUUCUGCUUUCUACCGGCUUCUCGCUGACAAAUGUAGGGCAGUCGGUCUGGGUCAACGAUCGACAUCUCUCAUCCCCACACCACCCCCUCCCACCCUCCGACCCCAAACCCCAACAAAGAAACAAUGUGAUAACGAAGGGAGGAAAUAUUUGAGACUCCGGGAACGCAAAUGCAAAGCUGCUGGAAAAUGAAACUGCAGAAUGAAAAGACUCUGGGCCAUUCUGCCAGUCGUUCUAGCAACAUCUCAAAGGUUGGUAGCCCGACUUCAGGGACUGCUCCUCACAGUUUCUCCCAGACCUCGGUCAGUCCUUCGGAUCAGGACAUCUGCAGCUCAGAUGCUGUUCCCCGUGAGCGUGCGGCACACAGUCCCGUGCAGACUGAGGUUGUCCUCCUGAGUAGGCCCGAUGGCAGCCCUUCCCUGACACAUGGGGCUGUCACCACCACUACCACCGUCAUUGGGCAAGGCCUGGCCCCGAGACCCAGGAAGCGAAGCUCUGUGGGAGAGGAGUUAACCAAUUUCCUUUGUCCCGGGAAGUACUUGAACCACUCCAAGUCCCUCAAUGACAUGCACACGAAGGCCCACGAUCGGUCAGACAGCGGCCUGAGCUUUGGUGACAAGACGUGCUCUGAUGGAAAGUUAACGCCAUUGCUAGGGAUGGACUCGAAGACCAAGAAACCGCAGUGUGGCAAAAAGCAAGAGCAUUCUUCCAAGGCGCGGAGAUACAGCCUGAGUUCUCAGAUGCUGCCAUUCGGCUCGGCAUUAUCCAACAGCCAUGUGACUAGGGAGGGCCUGUGCGUUGUGGAGGUUGCAAUCAGUGAAGGUGAACCCAGCAGUCGGAUGUCGUACCUGUACCGUAUCUUCUUCCCGUCCUCGCGCACGUCCAGCGCGUACACUCUGAAGACUCUGCUGGAGCCCGGGCAGUGCGGCCCACGAUUUCCCAUCACUAAGUCAUCUGCCGACUCCUUCUGCUCCGAGGACGUUGGAGACGAUGAUGUUUUCGAAGAUGAUGCCACUGCUCCUUGCUUGGAAGUGAGCAACCGAGACCAGAGAGCUCCACUUUGCUCGUUUGAGAGAGACAGUGACAUUGAACAUCCUUCCCUGACAUCUCUAAAAUGGUGCCCCACGUCCCCUCUCUCACCAUCCUGGGAAGUGUGCAGGAUCUGUCACUGCGAAGGAGAUGAUGAAGGACCCCUCAUCAUGCCAUGUCACUGCACUGGGAGCCUCCGCUAUGUACACCAGGCCUGUCUACAGCAAUGGAUCAAGAGCUCCGAUACUCGCUGCUGUGAGCUCUGCAAAUAUGAGUUCAUCAUGGAAACCAAAUUAAAACCGCUGAGGAAAUGGGAGAGGUUGCAGAUGACUUCCAGUGAGAGGAGAAAGAUACUGUGUUCUGUCACAUUCCAUAUCAUCGCAAUUACCUGUGUGGUGUGGUCACUAUAUGUCCUCAUUGAUAGGACAGCAGAGGAGAUUAAACAAGGCCAGACAAGCGGUAUCUUGGAGUGGCCAUUUUGGACUAAGCUGGUGGUUGUGGCAAUUGGCUUCACUGGGGGACUCGUGUUCAUGUACGUGCAGUGUAAAGUGUAUGUGCAGCUGUGGAAGAGGCUCAAGGCAUACAACAGGGUUAUCUAUGUGCAGAACUGCCCAGAGAGCAGCAGGAAAUGCACAGGGGAGAAGCCCCCACUGACCGAACAGAACGUGGAAAACAAGGAAGCCUCUUCAGUCCAGCGGCUAGGGAUUAAUUCCCUGCAUUGCACGGAGCCUGAGGACUGUGGGGUGGGGAUACUGAAUGUGUAGGGUUUACACUACAUGGGACUCUCUACAAAGGGGUGCAGUUUUGACCUAAUGUGCCCUGUCAGACACUGCUGAGAUGGUGUGCAACACUAUAUUGCCAGCUAGGCCUAACUUUGAUCUCCAUUGAAGGUGGACUGGACAGGGUGAUCUUGUUAUGCCUGGCGGUUAUGGUUAAGAUUGCUCCCCCAACCCCCUUUCUCUCUCUCUCUCUCUCACACACACUCGCUGUCUCCUCCCUGUUUUUCUGUGACUCUAAAGUUUUGCUACAGGGUGAGAGAGACUUCUGAUCUUUGGAAACCCACCUGUUCAGAGUGCACAUACUACUGAGGUGAUUGCUUGCUGAUAUCACUGCAAUCUCAAACAAAGACUCCAUUUUGCCAGUGACUUUGCAAAAAAAAGACUCCACAAUUACUGGAAACACCAAGUAGCAAAUUAGCACUUUUAAUGAGGCUUUCUUUUGUAUCAAAGUUUAUGUGUUCUGUGACAGUAUGUUUCGGUGUAAUUCUGAUUGUAUGGAAAUCACUGUCCCAAUACUUUUUAUUUCACUUUGAAGAAGUUUUUGAUGAGAGUUGUAAUAUCUUCAGACUGGGAACAAUUAAACCUCACGACAGUCAGGUUUAUUAUUUUCAAUGAUUCUUCCAAAAGGACCUUGAGAAAGAUUUUAUUUACCAAGAUAAUCUCACUGGCUACAUCUCAAGUGCAAUUAUUCCCCCUAUUUUUGUUAAAUUGUUUCUUUUCUAAUUUUAUGAUGUCUCCAUCUUUAGAAACCAGCUCCUUCUGUUGUCUUUUCAUUGUUUUGGAUAAUUAUUUAUUGGAAAUUUAAUGUGUAAAAAGAUGCACUUGGAAAGUCUGGGACCAGAGUCUUUCCUUUUAUAUGCAGGUUUGUUAUUUAGUCAUUGUUAUAAGCAGUAAGAGAAAGGGAAACGAUUACUACUUCUAUAAGUUAUUAAUAUAAAUUUUAAGAUAUCAUUUAUUUCUAUUUGUUUAUAAAUGUAUCAGCUUUUUGCAUCUAAAGUUUCUAAAUUUGUACUGUCACUCACCAUCAAUAUUUGAACUUGAGGGCAUAGUGUGGCCACUAACCACUGACCUUUGAACUCAAAGGCCCAGUACCUAUGUGCAGGCCGUGCCUCCAAAAUGGCCGACUUACUACCAGGCCCAUGUUGCCAUGGAGAUUAACGCCAAACUCCCUUUUGUUGUUGGGGAAUCUGGAAAUGUUUUUAUGGGGGAGAAAAUUCUAGAAUCUUCUCCAUUUUCGCAUGAUGCCCAAUAAUUGGCAGGAUUGUCAAUGAGCGAAAUCAAUUUCUUAUAAACCCGAACAUUUAAUUAAACGUUCCUUCAAAGAAAAUAAUUUUAACAGCACAAAAGAACAAUAUAAUUACCUUGGAAAAAGAUUCAUCAACAAAAAAUGUUCCUGUCAUUUUGUUUCUUCUUUAACUACACUGCGAAUAUAAUCCUGCAAUCAAUCACCAAUCCUGACAUUUUGUGAAUGUCGUCACAAAUGGCUCUAGCCUGCACUUGGAAUUCUGCAUUUUUUAAAAAAGAAAGUUAAGUUAAAUUCGAGGCUCCUUUUUGAAUGGAUUUCCAUGGCUGUUCAAGGAGUGGUCAGUGUCACUUUUGGGAUGAGAAUUCCGCCUAGUUCAUUAGUUGGGUGAAAGGAAUUUCUUGGUACAGUCACUUGAACUGUAUUUAAAAUGUAUAGUUUUGUACUUCAUUGUGUUUUUAUUUCACAGUACAGUAUUAAAUGUAUAGUCUACUACA